CAUUUCACAGGGCUGUGAAGGAAUAAAAUGGGAGAUGCAUGUACCACGUGUUGCGCCCAAUCUCGACCCAAUCCCAAGAACCGCGCGAACUAAAUGCAUGUACAGUAAAAAUAUUUGGACCAAUAUUGUGCAAGUUUCAUAAACCUACAGGGCUGUGAAGGAAUAAAAUGGGAGAUGCAUGUACCACGUGUUGCGCCCAAUCUCGACCCAAUCCCAAGAACCGCGCGAACUAAAUGCAUGUACAGUAAAAAUAUUUGGACCAAUAUUGUGCAAGUUUCAUAAACCUUUAUGCUUUUUAAUUUCUGGUAAAAUUUAAACAAUGACCAACAACAUAACAACUCAAGACCUGUGUAAAGCUAUUGAAGAGAAUGAUUUGAGUAAAGUCCGCUCGAUUUUAGCGAUACAAGAUGGCGAACCUUCGAACUGUAUAGACGAGCAAAAUUCUGACGGCUGGAGCGCUUUAAUGUUUGCAGCCAAACACAACGAUGUUGAAACAGCACAAAAUUUGAUUAAACGCAGGUUAGAUGUGGACAUAUAUUAUAUUAUAUACUGUGAAUACAGCGAAUAAACAGGCGUUAAAUUAAGUAAUUUACUAGUACUACCAGGUACUAGACCUAAAAAGUUAACAAUAUUUUGUGUAUUUGAGCAUGCGUACAACUUACAAACAAAAGCACGGAGGCAAAUUAUAAAUAUGGAGGGGGAGCGGGUCACGAAACCGGUUUUUCAUUUUGAACACCAUGGCUACAUAAUAUGUAAACGUGGAAUUUGACAUCACACAUUCACAGCUUUCAUUAUUGUGGUUUUGUGUAUCGAAAAUGCGUGCUGCAAGGUCUGUGUUUUGGGCUCAUCGCUAUUGCAAUAAAUUGUCAACACACAAACGAUUCUUUGGUAGUAACAUCGUAAGGUAUGAAUUAAUAAUGCUCGCGUGACUUGAAAUAUUAUAGAAUUAUUGUAUAUUAAUUUAAUAGCACAAUGAAACUUGUGCUUUGUUCAAUUUUGUAAGUAUUUUGAAUAGAACAUGAAUAUUUUAUGAACAGUGUGGUUUGACUUCAUAUUAUUUUGUCAUUUUAUAUUCGUUCUUAAUUCUGAUUAUAUUAGUAUGUGAUUCUGAUGUUGUGCAUAGAACUAUUAUACUGUAGUCUAUAUCACAAAAGUGUGAAAAAUGUAAACACUCACUUGGACCACACUUGGACUUUGGACCUUUAUAGAAACCAGAAUAAUUAAUGAGAUACACUGCAAGAAGUCAAAUACUCCCCCCCCCCCUACAUGUAGAGAUCACUAUAGCCUAUUAAUGUUGCCUUGUAUAAAACUCAUUAAUUAACCCAGAUACACCAUUUUGACCUUGAUAUGAGUAAAAUUAUCUGGCAGCAGACAGAGUAUAACUCUUUAAUAUUGCCAAAACUGUGGUGAAAAGUGUCAUGGUUUUGUUUCAGGAAUGUACACAUUGUACAGUAGCAAUUUAGCUCUAAUUUGAUUAAUAAUAACCAUUACCAAGGUUUCCAAAAGUGAAAAAGAAAGACACCUUCCUAGAUAAUAUUGCAAACUGUCAUGUUGUUUUAGCAUCAUGCAACAAAUAAAAGUGCUCCAAUCAAUACCAAAAUUUGUCUAAUUAUAUUGGCUACAAGUAAGAUUAAUAUGAAAUUUAAUCUUACUUGUAGCCAAUAUAAUUAGACAAAUUGGCUACAAGUAAGAUUAAUAUGAAACUAGUUUUUCGUAUCUCUGAGGAUGGUUCUGAAAUAGAAUUGAAACACUGCGCAUCCUCUAAGACAAGCGUUAAGUUGUCACUAAAAUAUUUAGUAAUCAAGUACAUAGCCAUACAUCAAAAUAAUUAAUGCCCACAAAAAUCAAGGCUCAGAUUAAAUGGCUGGCUACACUUGUUGCCUUGUGAUUCUACCCCUGCUCCUGAGGUUUUACACGAAAGCAUGAAAAUUUUUUGGCAUCAUCUGUGCUUGUGUAAUACAAACUUAGAGAAAUACCCAACAUUUACUUCACAUCAUAUAUGCUGACAUAGUAACCAGGUAUAGCAGGGGAAGGGUCAUCCAUAAAUUUAUUUUAAAAAUCUAUAUGUAAAUUUAAAAAAAAAUCUACGAGUAUUUUUAAAGCUGAUCUAUGCUGAGCUUUUCUGAAAUAGUCCGGUCAUGCCAGCUCAUGCUAAUUUUUUUUCUACAAUUGUUUUUAUAGAGCAAACACAACUCUUCAGAAUCACCAAGGCCAAACAGCAGUUGACAUAGCAAGACACUUCAAAUCAAAGGCAACAGUAAACAUACUAAACUCCCAAAAACUUUUAACGUCUGUGAACUACCCUACAGUGAAUUAUUUUAGCCAUGCACCUUUGAAUCGACGUGCAGACAAACGCAAAGACAAAACAUGGCUGAAUGAACAGAUGAAAAAUUCCCAAACAAAAUAUAUUAUAUUUAGCAAAUUGAAACCACUAGCAACAAAAUUAUCUGGUGAAAAUAGAUUUCGUUUGGCAGUUAUAAAUUAUGAGAAAAUUUCUGAGAUACUUGGAGAAGAAAUGGAACAUAUUAAAAACAUUGUUUUUCUUGGUGUUGAAGAGAGUUUGUUGAUGCCAGAUUCAGAUGGACAAGUUAAGCAGACCAAUGAUGAUUGUGCAUGGUUUGCAGUUGAUGUAGGUGAAAUCGACAAUGCUUCAAAUAAAUUUUUAGAAGCUUGCCCAGAUACACUAUACCUGACACCUCGACCAGGGUUUUUACAAGUUCACAUGGAGGAUGCAACAAUCUUGGCUCAAGCUCGUCCAAUAUUAGAGUGGCAUCAGUUUAACAAGUUUUGCCCAAGAUGUGCAAGUGAAGUUUCCAUGGAAGAAGGUGGCUACAAGCAGAGCUGUUCAAAUACUGAAUGUGCUUCAAAUAAAAGUAUGUGUAACAGAGGUGUUACUCUGAAAGUCCUCUUACACUUCUUCAAAAAAUAAAAAUAAUCUUCCAAAAAAAUAAUCAAAUAAAAAAAAUUGCCUUAAAAUCCCUGACCAUCCCACGAGUAUGGACAUUUAUUACUAUUAUGUCAAAGCAACAUCAAAUUUAUUACUGCAGUAAUAAAUUUACGUGGUGUUUCCACAAACAAAACUAUUAUAUUUUAUCACCAAGCAAACAUACAAAGAACUUAUAAAAAAUCUAUUGUCUGACAAAUUUCUAAGAAACUCAAAGAUCAAUCUCAAAUUUCUGUUUUCUUGUUAUACGUACUUCUCCAAUUUUGAGGUUUGCUCAGAGACUGUUUUGUCCAUUAUAUUAAAAUUACUGAUCAGAAUGUCUUUAUUCUUUUCUCAAGGAAUCCUAAAUGUGAGCUAUCCUCGUAUGGAUCCAGUGGGGAUCAUGUUAGUCAUUUCCCAAGAUGGCACGGAAUGUUUACUUGGCCGUAAACCUACCUUCCCUGCAGGGAUGUAUUCAUGUCUUGCAGGAUAUAUGGAACCAGGCGAGUCAAUUGAGGAUGCAGUCAGACGUGAGGUGCUGGAAGAGAGUGGUAUCCAUGUAGGUCUGGUAGAGUACCAUUCUUCUCAGUUCUGGCCAUAUCCUGCCCAGCUUAUGAUUGGCUGUCUAGCUCAUGCCACAAGUGACAGGGUAAUUGUAGAUAAGGAGGAACUUGAGGAUGCACAAUGGUUUAGUAUGGAUAUUGUAAGACAAGCUUGUAUUAAAGUUGUUGAUCAUUCAAAACCCCCAUCGUUGUGGUUUCCUCCCAGGCAAGCUAUUGCAAGGCAGUUGAUUGAACAUUGGGUAGACUUGGGCUCAUCAAGAUUAUAAAUAACACAAUACAGUACAGUGCACAUUAUGCUAUAAAGUAUAAACUACGGUAUAUAUAAAACAUACAUACAGUAUCAUGGCUUCUACCAAGGCAAGCUAUUGCAAGACAGUUGAUUGUACAUUGGGUAGACAUUAUAGGCUCAUCAACGUGGGUAGACUUUAUAGGCUCAUUAUAAUUUCACACAAAGUGUAGAGUACAUUACAGUACUGUACAAAUAAAUUAAUGUGUACAUUAUGUUGUAGUAGGUGACAGUAUAAUAAUAUACAGUACCACUACAGCAAAAUGUGGCAAGCUAUUGCAAGACAGUUGGUUCAUCUCUGGGUAUAGCAACCUCAUCAAAAUAAUAAAUAGCAUGCUGUAUGGGUCUUGACUGUAUAACAAAAGGAUUAAUUUCCAUUUACACACAUAAUUUAUAAGAUAUUCUUGUUAAUUAAUCUAAGAUGAUUUAGAUUAAAUCAAAUUUUUCCAUCUUCUGUGUUUAUUGAUUAAAUAUGAUUAUAAAAUAAUAUAAAAGUUCUACAUUAUAUAUACAAUAUUAAAUCUGUAUAAAACUCCUAACCAUUUCCAAUAUUUGUGAGUGUUUCUAAAUGGACCCGCCUAUCAUUCUGCAUAAUUGAAAAAGCUAAAAUGCAUGAAUAUGAGAACUUUGAUUGCAAACUAAACAGGGGCCAGGGAAAAUUUUACAUAAAAAGCAAUGUUAUAAUUAUGCAGGAGUACUGUAUAAUAAGAUAUCACGUUAUUCAUCUGUGAGUGAGUGGGUGCCUGCUUUUUAUUAGUGCUAGCAAUCAUUGUUGGAUUAAGCCUAUUAACUUCAUAAGAUAUAGUCAUAUCAUACAUGAAAACGAUGUUAGUAAGCCAGCAACUAGUACCUCGUUCAUUAGGUAUCACCAGAAUCGUCUACUGAAUGGGGAGUGGCUAACCAAGCAUAUCACCACACAACUUAUCAAAUAUUGUGUUUGUUUAUAAAUGGACCCGCCUAUCACUCCGUAUUGAAACAGGGCUGCAGGACUUGUAUACCGGAGAUUCGUUCGUUCCGGUACUGAUUAUAUUCCGACACCCUUCAGCCAAAAAUAUUUGGCGGAGGGUUCUGGUAGACGGCGUACAGCCACAGUUUUUGGCGAAAAGACAGCUUCCAAUCGUUCAUAUCAUCACAUACUAUGUUUGUUUCUGUUUAUUUUGCAGACUUGCCACAAGCUUUUCCCCAGCUUUUAGCGAGCGAGUAAAGUUGAGCGUGAUUUCACGCCAUUUGAAAGUCUAAUCACUUUGAUUAACCGCGUUUGUACUUCAAGUGAACGGCUCAAAUGAAAGUAAGACUUUCAUUUUAAACUGAUCUACACAUUUUGCACGACAACGUUGUUACCUCUUCGCAACAGAGAUCACCUUGGAUCGAAGUAGUCAUCACUGCCUCUAUCAGCCACGCGUUCUGCAGCAGGACCACGAAGAUUUUCAACGAUAGCUUUCUCCAGAUUCUCUUUAUCCAUACCAGAAAUCUCACAUAAUGUCUGAACGAAAAAAGCAUUUUGAGGUGUUUAGUAUUAUCUACAGGGGGGUUUGAAGGCAGUGGCAGACACUACUGUAAUUCGAAAAAUAAUGGGGGGGGGGGCUGUGAAAAUUAAGGUCAUUAUGUAUAUGAAAUUUAAGGCAUGUAAAGCCAACAUAUUCUCGACUAUGUGACAAUAAAUCCCAGUCCGAAAAUUUGCUCAAAUAAUGCCAUAGCAUAUUAAUACUUCUUUCUAUUUUAAAAAAGUAUUGUCAUAGAUUUGUUAAGGCCUAUUCACACUUUUAGUGCGAUUUCUAGUGGGAUUUUCGUCUUCUGAUGCAUGUGAACGAGUAGAUGGGUUAUGAAUGUUCUGAGUAUACUGUAUGUCCCUUAUCUGAACAUUCGUAACUCGUCCACUCGUUCAUAAUAAUCAGAAGAACAUCGUACCUAAAAUCGCAAGCGUUAAUUAACGGGCUUUUAUACAUAUAGUCCAUGAAUGCAUAUAGCCAUGAAUAUCAUUCAAAGGCUUUUAAAAUUUUUUUUUUUUUUUUGGGGGGGGGGGCAGUUCUACCUCUCAAACCUGGCACCAUAGUCUCCACCGCUUUACGAGAAGCUUAAAAAUAGAGAAAG